GCAAAGUCCAUCAGCUGUGCUCAACAGGGGACCAGUUUACAUCAAAGACUGAAAUACGCUGUCCUCUCAAAAAUAUUUUUUAGAUACACAAAUACAUGAUCUUUCGGUGAAACACUGGAUGUCGCACUGUGGCUUUCGUUAUUCGUUUGAGCGUUUACAAAACAUGCGCGUGACUUAACGUUAGUCGUCGUGCAAAGGACACAAGAACCAGAGGACACAAAAACCGCUUUCGAAGACGAAGAUAGCAAAAACACGAGGGCUUUGUUGUUUCUGCUCGGCGAGACGUUAACGCAACCGUAUAGUUCAGGUGACUUCAAACGCACGGGAAGAGGGCCUCUGAUUGGCUGACCUAUAUUCCAGACGUCGCUGUCUGGAUUCUGAUUGGUCGGCUGCGGUUUGUUUUGCGCCGCAUGACGUAUAAGAAACUUCCUCAGAAAAUACAGUAAACAAAUCUACGGAUUAUAUUCGGCAGCGACAUUUUGAGCGCGGCGGCUUGCCUAUUUCGUUGGGAAUUAGGAAGCUUUCUGUUGACACCAGACGGUUUGGGCAGUAGGGCAGGUCGACAGACAGGAGGGACACAAAGGAGGCGAUUGCAGGAAAAGCGCAUCGCGCCGCACGUUUGUUUGGUUGAGUGCGCUCGACUAGUGAAUGCUCAGGCUUCAUGCCGUUGAGUUGAGCACGCUACUCUUCUGGCGACAAUACUGCGAGCAGCGUUUGCCUCGAAGAAAUCGUUCAUUUUUAGACAUGGUGAAGCAGACCAAGGCCAAAACAUUCCAGGCCUAUCUGGACUCCUGUCACCGCCGGUACAGCUGCGUCCACUGCCGCGCACACCUGGCCAACCAUGAUGACCUAAUUUCUAAGUCAUUUCAAGGCAGCCAAGGACGCGCCUACCUGUUCAAUUCUGUGGUGAACGUAGGUUGUGGCCCAGCAGAAGAAAGGCUGCUGCUGACCGGUCUUCAUGCUGUGGCUGAUAUUUACUGCGAGAAUUGCCACACCACACUGGGUUGGAAAUAUGAGCAGGCAUUUGAGUUAAGUCAGAAGUAUAAGGAGGGGAAGUUUAUUAUUGAAUUAUCUCACAUGAUUAAGGAUAAUGGCUGGGACUGAAGCAUUCAGCCUUUGCUUUAACUUUCUGUCACGACUUGCAGCUUCUCCAAGAACGUCAUGAGAUGCUUUCUUUUAUAUAUAUAUAUAUCCAUCUAUGAUCUACAUUUACUUUUGUGAGCACCUUUUUCCACACUUGUAUCCUAGUGCACCAGUUUUUUUUAAACGGGGAAGUCUUGGGUGAUUGGUUUGUGUGUGGUUGUGCCUUUUUAUGUAUUAGGAGGUGUGCUUGUGUGUAAGGCAUGCUUGAAAAGGAACUGUGCUAAAAUUUAUCAACAACCUAAAUUCAGUUUCAAAGAAAUAUAUUUUUUGGGAUUUUGACAUAAGCCCUCAAAUUCUCCAAAUUAAGUGCAAUUGAUGAGGUUUGGAUGGAAGUUGGCAUGAUCAAAAUGCCAAGAUCCAAUGCCUUUUUAUUAAAUUAAUUUUAAAGAGCGAGGUAUUUGUGUACGAGGUAGUGCGAGUGAAAUUCUACUCUGUGUGUGUGUGUGUGUGUGUGUGUGUGUGUGUGUGAUUGGGGGCUUAGAGUGGAUCAUGUGCAAUAUGUGUGUAUGUGAGAGUUUGCCUAAAGGAUGAUUCAUGCCUCCAAAUCCAGUCACUUUGGUUGAAUUCAUCUUUUACUUUACCAAGUCACUGAGGAAUCCCAACAGAUGAGCAUCUGCGUGUGUGUGUGAGAGAGAGAGAGAGAGAGCGAGAGCAAGCGGCAGGCUUGUUGCUGUAGAGAUGUCCACAGUUGACAACUAUUCUUAAGACACUUCAAUUACAGCUUAUAAGAUGUAAUUGGGAUAUUAAUUUUCUCUGUUCGUCUUGUUUCUUUUGUUUAUGUGAAAUGUAUCAAGCAUAAUCUAACAUUGAGCAGUAUGUACAGAGACAUCGAUCUGAUCAUGUUAGAGCAGACAUGUAAAUGUGCUUAUGAUUGUGUAGCAAAGUAUUUCUUUGAAUGCUAAACCAUUAAAGUGUAUUACAUUAACCUGAAUUCUUUACAUUAAAGUAUGGGGUAAAUGAAAA